AUGCCGGAUACAGGCAAUAUGACUGUUCAGGAGGAUCUGGCCGUUCCCGUCCAUGAAGAUCCGGAACUGGAUCAGCUGAUUGCCACAUUUCCGGAGCAGACUGCUUCAUUUUUGAUGAAACUGCGCCAGGAACAGACAAGGACAGGUAUCAAGCCAGAGGGAAAAGGAAGUAGAAAAUCCACCGAUACCACAGUACCACGAAAAUGCCGUGUCAUUCUGCCCCAGACCGAAACUGGUGAGGCCACAUUCUAUGGAAAGACGACAUAUCAGAAUUUUUUUGGAAACGACCCGUCCAAACACACGGAACCAUCCCUGCGGUUCGGUGAGAUGCCGGUUUUUACAGAUUCCAUUCUCUAUCCGGGCCAACAACGUCGGUUGCAGAGUACCACUCAUGAGACAUUCGUUUCGAAACCGAUUCAUAUGGUUGAACAAGCGAAACCGGUUCCGCCCACUCUGCGUAUGGAAGGUGAACGGUAUUUGGAGACCACCAAUCGAUCCGUAUUUACCAAAAAGGUCAUGGAUACGGGGACACAUCGCCAUCUACGGACGAAUGCCAAAGACAGAGUCCCAGCAGAACAACAAACUAGAAUUCGAAAUCCGUUUGUCGGUGAGACCCAGUUUCGAGCCGAUUUUCCCGCCGCAAGAGCCUGGACAAGUGUGCAACCUGAGACCGCUUGUGCUCCUCCCAUGAUUGUUCCUCCACAGUCGGAAAUUCUGUUACGCGACUCGGAUGUGCACGAGUUCCGUACGGAACAGCGCGAUCAGUUCGUGCCUCGAGAUGUUCAGAUAUUCCCAGUACCGAAGUCGUGCAAAAAAGAGGUGCCUGCGUACACACGUCCGGAGAUCAAAUUCACGGACACCACGGUGACAAAAUCGGAUUUUCCGGCAUACACACUCAGUCAGCUUCGGGAGGCUAAUCCAAGAAAGGCACUCUGCUCGCAAACCACCGACGUCAAUCCGGCACAAACCGAACUAUCAGAACGAGAGGCCGAAUUGCUCAAAGCUUAUUUGACCGAGCUGGUGACAACAAGACAGACGAAACUGCCCCGAUCUUAA